GGCUUCCAGAUGGCGGACCCCGAGCUGCAGCUGGUGGCGGGGCGCAUCCGCAGCUUCCCGGACUUCCCCGUCCCGGGGGUGCUGUUCAGGGACAUCUCGCCCCUCCUGAAGGACCCCGACUCCUUCCGCGCCUCCAUCAGCCUACUGGCGAACCACCUGAAGAAGACCCACGGCGGCAAGAUCGACUACAUCGUGGGCCUGGACUCCAGAGGAUUUCUGUUCGGCCCCUCCUUGGCCCAGGAGCUUGGCUUGGGCUGUGUGCUCAUCCGAAAACGAGGGAAGCUCCCUGGCCCCACUGUGUCUGCCUCAUACACUCUGGAAUACGGCAAGGCUGAGCUGGAAAUCCAGAGAGACGCCCUGGAGCCGGGGCAGAAGGUGGUUGUCGUGGACGAUCUGCUGGCCACUGGCGGAACCAUGCGGGCAGCGUGUGAGCUGCUGGGCCAGCUGCAGGCCGAGGUGCUGGAGUGCGUGAGCCUCGUGGAGCUGACAUCGCUGAAGGGCAGGGAGAAGCUGACGCCUGUGCCCUUCUUCUCUCUCCUGCAGUUCGAGUGACUCUGGCCCCAUCCUGGCAAGGAAGAGGUCCAGCCCGGUGGCUGGCUCUGGCCACCAGGGGGCGCCGGCCAUCUGCCUGGAUUUUUUUUUUUUUUUCAAUUUUGUAACUGUUUUCUGCAGUUUUUCCAGGGCCUAGGCCACC